CCACCAUUAUUGUGCGCUCCUUCGCGGGGGCUGCUGGGAGCUGUAGUAGGAGGUGGGGAGAAGAUGGCGUCCAAGAUCAGCGUGGUGCUGCGGCCGGUGAAGAGCAUCGUGGUCCGGUUCUGCCCCUUCGAGUCCAACGUGGAGAGCACGAGAAAAUUUCUCCAAUGUAUAUACCAUAAAAAAAUCCAAGCUACUAAUAGAAACUGUGAAGUGACUGCUGAUGUGAGACAUGACGGAUCUGAACCACUUGUAGAUGUCACGUUUGCUGAUGGAGAUCGACUAAUAAUGAAGGGAGCCAACUUGACAACGGUAGAAAUGUUAACAGCAUUGGGGUCCAGAUGUAAUGCAAAAGACCUUAAGGAAGAACAGAAAAGCAAGAAGAAGAGUCCCUGAAGAACAGAGAAGCGUGUUUGCAUUUAUGUGUGUUAAAAACAGCAGACUGCACAGAAGGCUUUUCUCCUAUGCAAGAAAAUCUGAGAGAGAUGGCCAAAACACUGACCAGUUUAAUAUGCAGAAGAAUGAACCCUUCAAAUGUUCCCUGUCUUCACCUGAAGGAGAACAUCGUGGAUCAACAGAUCUAAUACCAGUGGGUCAGAGUGGCUUAAGAUGCAUGACUGCAUCUCUCUGAGCAGCUGUGUGUUGGACUAAUAUCAUGUGUAUUUGCAUAUCAGUGUGAAUAAUACACAUUAGCUAUUAAAUUAAUAUUGCAAUGAAGACAGAUAUCUUUGGACAUUAUUUCCUCCAAAGUUUCUCUGUAUUGUAGUGCAAAACAUUAUUAGAGUGGUUAUUAUUUUUUGAAAACUAUUAAAUUUAGUAAAAAUUUGAAGAAAACUUUCAAAGGAUUCAUCAUUGACUUAGCUGAGGGACAGCAGGCUGCAAAUAGAGUGGAUUUUGUAAUACUGUGUUUAUAAAUGCAUCUCUUCUUAAGCUCCUGCCAUUUUCUUCCUGUCUUUUUGAAGAAAAAGGGAAGUCUGCUAACUGUAAAUUUAGCUCAGCAAUUAAAGUAACAAGGUAAUGGGACUGUCAAGACACAGUAGAGCUACUCAUCCCGCCUAAAAGUAACUAACUAAUUUUAGAUAUUUACUGAAGUAAAUAUCUAACAUGAUUAUUGACAGACCAUAUGGUCCACAUUGUUUCAGAUGUAUUAUUUCCUUGAAAUACAUCUUAAAGCACUCAAAAGCAUCAAUGCCUUACAGCAAACAUUUUUCCCCUCAAAAAAGCAUUACAAAUGUUUCAGAAAAGACACAUAAAAAAGCAGUUCUUAAAAUGCUAAAUCUAAGAUACUGCCUACUUUUUUAAAUGCUUAUAUUAAUGUAUCUUAAGGUUCAUGAAAAUAUCUUAAGGUUCAUGAAAACUAGUCUCUGUUUAGAAACAAGUGUCUACUAGGAAAUUCAGAGACUUGUUCGGAACAAGAACCUUUAGCUCAAAGGGAAAGGUCAAUUAGUUUUUUUGAUAAUUGGAGAAAAGGGCUAUCUUUGAAGUUCAGAUUUGCAAUAUUUUUGUCACUUUUGGGCUGCUUCAUUAAAUACUUUAUGAAGAUCAAAGGGAGAGCUUUAUUUGGUGUUUAUAGCCCCAUGUCCAACCCUAUUAUUUAUUAAAGUAACUGCUUAGGUGUCUCGUCUGUAUUGCAGAGCUCUCUGGGUUCAGGAGAGGUGAUCUCAGGCUGUGCAGGUGAAGGUGUCAGCUGCACAUGUCUUUCAUGUGCACCAGUUUUGUUCUAGUUCAUAAUGAAAAUGUGAUUCCAGUUUUGAGAAUUGCAGUUGCACUUGAGAGGCAUUAGUUCUACCUGUUGUUAAUCAGAUGCCUGACUUCUCUAAAAUUAGUUCAUAUAUUUCCAAAGUUAAUUUGGCAGCAGAUUUAGGACACAAAUAUGAAACUAGUUUUACCUUACUUUUGCCAAGAUUUUUAAAUGGACACUGUCCUUUCUGAAAGGAAGAUAUUUUAAAUAACACUGGCAAGGUGGUUCUUUGCUACUUCUUCAUUAGGUUGCUCAAGUCAAGGCGAUGUGUUAUAUUGGAGAGCUGUGCUAAAGACAUUGGGUGUUUCCCAUGUGUUUGCAACAAAUAGAAGAGUACUGUAGGAGUAGAUCAAAUAUAAAUAAGACUGUUCAAAGGACAGGUUUUUUGUUCGUCUGUUUGAUUUGGGAUUUUUCCUCCCAGUUUAGAAUAACAUCAUAUAGUAUGACUUUACCUGAAGCACCUCUACAGGAAAAGUGAGAAUUGUUCAAGUGAAAAAACAGUGCAGAAUUAUUCUUUCUCUGGUUAAACAUAUAUUCAUGUACACAAAAGCUCUCUUACUGUAAUAUAUUGGUGAUUUUUGUGAUUUUUUUUUUCUUCCUUUGACAGUUUGUACAUCAGUAUGUUCAACUUGUGUUUAAAUGUGAAACACUCUAGCUUGAUCUAUCUUAAAUAGUUAAGUCUGUAAGUACCUAAAGACUAAAAUAGGUUAAUUAAUUAUUAAUAAUAAUUAAGUUUCCAUAGUGUUUCUUUUGGCCCAAGAUUGGGGUUUAUAUUUAUGAAUAGAAAAGGGAGAAAAGAUUGUUGUUUGAGCUUUUUAUGGCCAAAAUACAUCCUUUCUGUUGUUGAAGAAAGGUGACCUUUUUUUUCUUUCCUUGCAUGGGUAGGCAUCCUGCUGUGUAAAAGCACACUUGUUCUAGGUGCUUUCAUUUUAACCCAGAGAUGCCCAACCUUUUUGCUUAGAUUAGGCCGAAGGCCUGCAACGUUGCUGUUGAGAGAUGGCUGACAAUUCAGUGGAUGAAGCUGAGGCUGUGGGUGCCUGUAGCUGCAGUUUGCAGUGGUAAAGCUCUGAUAAGUUUUGUCAUGAAAAACAAGUCAUGGCUUGUGUUUUAAUAUACAAGGUACAAAGGAAAACCUACAGGACAAUAAAAUGAAGCUAAAAAUGUGCAUUCUCAAGACUGUAAGAUACUGAAGUGAUAUAAGCAAGCAAUAUGGGCAAGAAGGUACUCCUCUGGUGAUUAUUAUGCUAAUCUGUGGAAACUAGCUCUCCCUGUACUGUGUCGAUAAAGGUACGAAUUUAUUUUUCAAGUACAUUAAAGAUAAUCUGUAAUGACUUUCUUCCCUGAGCAUUUAGAUAGCUUUGCUGCAAGCUGUUCAUACACUAUCAGUUCCUGCUGGUGAUUGACUGAAACAAAGCUCUGUCAGCUUCCUGACAGAGCAGGAAGUUGAGGGAUGUACAGGGCUGGGGAUGUACAGGGUAUUAAGGUCAGUCAUGCAGAACAAAGCAUGUCUGGGUGAGCAUUGACUUUGCAUGUUAUUAUUCUUUAGCCCACUAAUCUUGAUUGCCCCACCAAAAAUGUGGGCACUUGCCCAGCUAUGAAAAGAACUGGAACAGCUGGAACAGGCCCUAAAAGCAUUAGGAUUACCUAAAUACAAACACCAUGUCCACCUAAGGUGUCUGAUAGCAGGUAUUGACAGUAAAAUGGCUAAAUCUUUUAAUACCUGGAGGUUUAAAGCCAUUUUUAGAAUCAUCUUAGAUCUGUUUGUUGUACAAAUACGUAUUUAUUUAGAAAUUCUUAUCAGUGCAUAGGGAAAAUAGUCCUGAAACAGAUGAAUAUGUCGUUCAGAUAACACUACCUGGCUGAGAUAUUCCCUUCUUAAGUAUCUGCAGCAUUGUUUUUAGAAAAAGUCUUUAUUAAAGAUUUCAACUAGGAGCAACAGUGUUGGUGAACAUUGCAAGUGUUAACACACAAGUUUUAUGCAGCAAGUUUCAACUACUAGCUGGCCCAAAUAAAUACAAAAUUGCAAUGUCCUGAUGCUUUUCCUGCAAGGUAUAAGCAAGUAGAAACAUCCUGUUGGAGGCAGUUCAUGUAUGCCAGUGCAACUUCUAUUCUUUGUUAUUUGCAGGGAUCUCAGUUUGGGCAAUUUCAUGCUACAUACAGUAGGAAAAACUGGCUGCAAUACAGUAUUGCUGUGUAAACACCACUGAAGGAGGGAAAAAUGUUUUAAAUCUCAAUUAUUUUGAAAAUGUUGCAAUCUAAUAUGCUUUUGCUGUUUGUGAACAUACAAGAAGUGUAACCUAAUUUCAGAAAAUUGCAUCUAAGUAUGUGCCCUGUUGGUUAUGGAAGAAUCAUAGUUCUGGUUUGGUUUUCA